AUGCCUCACACCAGCCGCAAAACCCGCAAGCCGCCACCACGCAACCGAAAACCCACACAAGUGGCGCUCGAGAACGGCUGGAAUCUCAUAACGCGCUCGAGAUGCAGCGCCCGUCCCGACAUGGAGCGCGAGACCCUGUCUUCGAGCAAGGGCGCGCCGUGGAACGUCUGCAGCGAGGGUCCGACGAUCGAGGGUCUCACGCUCCGACAGCUGGCUGCGGACUUUGCGAGGCAUGAGCUGCUGUAUCUCGCCUCUGACUGUUGCCAGAGCGUUCGGCGGCAUGUUGGAAAGGCUUUUGGGAGAGAUGCGCAAGGUCUGUACGGUCUGGGCGGUGGGAUUGCCAACGCGGUGUGUCUGGCGCUGGGGAGCUUGUGUCGCGAGCACUAUAACAGAAAUGGCCGCUUUUGGCAGCUGGCGAUGUUCAUGGAUAUCGUAAAGCAACUGAAACAGCACCACAAUAACAUCGACGCGUUCAUCCAAGAACCAGCACUCCGCCCACUCGACAUCGAGUUCCUGAAGUCUCUUGGCCUCACCAUCCUAGAAGAUCCAGCAGCCACGCGAGUGAUCCAAAGAACAUCCUUCGUCUACGCCCCAUGCAUGUACGCGCUUCACCUUCUAUGUGAGAUCCUAGCGGGUAAAGAUCCCGCGCUGUUCAUAAACCCUGAUCUCGCGGAGUGCAUCAGGGGAUGGCAGCUCACGCCGGCUGGCGACCGCACUGAAGAGACGAUCAAGAACGCCCAGCGGUUUGAGGACGGCUGGCAUAAGGAGCGAAUCCCGGAGCCGGAGACUUCAUGCGUGCCUUUUCCGUCGUUUCGUAUCUACUGGAAGGACGCGGAUCCGCCGUCCUCGGCGACUGCUCCGCCGUGA